UCUGUCGUUCGCUAUCUACGCUAAUGCUCAGUUCUAGCGAAUCGUCCUUUGCCUUUUCAGACGAGUGCGCAUGUCACAUUUCAGACAUUGUUCCAGUCCAAUUCGCUGUAGUGUUAGCCUACAUCCUUACAUCUCGAAAAGGAAACGUUUGGUUUGAAAAGGUUACAAAUAAAUCAACAUAUAACUGGAACUGUAUUCUGAAAAUCAAAGCUAACGGUACGCUGUUGUGGUUCGAACAUCUUUAUUAUCAUAGCUGCAAACAGAAGAUAACUACCUCUGCAAUGCCAACGUCUGGCGCUUGGGUGUUGUUCCGAGUUUUUGGAGUAGCAGUCGUCUUUGCCAUGGUUUUCCAAGGAGGUGGUGCCAUUAAAUGCUGGGAAUGUAAUUCCCUCUACGAUCCUAAUUGCGCCGACCCUUUCGACAAUUACACAGUGGCUCCUACUGACUGUGACCAACGCUUCCUUCCUCAUUUCCCUAAUAUUUCUGCUACGUUAUGCAGGAAGAUCGUCCAGAAGGUUAAUAAUGACUAUCGGUACAUUCGGAGUUGUGGAUGGAUACAGGCUGAAAAAAGACAUGAAAGUAGCUGCUAUAAAAAGGCUGGAACGUUCCAAGUGAUGAUCAAUUACUGCAACUGUGAGACAGAUCGAUGUAACAGCGCCAUCUGUACCACUUUCAGUUGGAUUCCCCCAGGUGUUCUUUUUGUCGUUGCGUUUGCAUUGCAGUUUACUGGUUUAUUAACCAUUUAAGUGUAGAACUUGAAAAAAGAAUGAUUUAUUAAUAUCUCGUCUUCAAAGUUUAAAGUCACAUGAGAACAAACAUAGAUCGGUUACUCAAUAACUGACUAAAAUAAACUCAGACCAUAUUGUAGAAUAAGUAGAAUUGAUAAUUAUCAGAUUAAACAUUUUAAGAUGACGUCAAACGUACACUCAAUGUAAAACGUUAACAACUGAUGAUAAAAUAUAAUAAAAUGUUUUCUUUUGUUGAGUAUAGAAAAACAACAACAUAAAUCUAAGUGUACUAUUAGAUUGGCAAAUUACGUCGUAGUUUAGAUUAUAUUUGGAAACUUCGAGCACUAAUCUAGAAGUAAAAUGUAACAAAUUAUCCAAGGUAGCAUUUUGAGAAAAUAUUCUUAUGUACAUUGUUUUUUUUCUGGGGACACACAGAUAUUUAAAAAUGUCUACUUUUUUAACAAAUAAUUUUGAUUUGCAUUGCACUUUGUUAAAAAAAGAAAUUAGAACACGCAUAUUGUAUUGCCAUUGUUAAAGCUAUAUACUCUCUUCAACGUUACUAUCAAAAAUCAUACUGGAGUAGAGUAAGGUUUUUCGUUAAAGAUUAUGUUGAAAUUUCCCUCAAAAUUAUACUAAUAAAAACUCCUGUUCAUAUUUGAAUAAACACUUAUUCAAAUAUACACCCUGUUACGUACACUAUUUAAAACAUUUUUCAAUUAUCUAAUUGAUUAAAACAAUACCUCUUUCAUAAAGCAUACAAAUUAAGUUAUAUGUAUAUUAUUUUUCUGACAUAUUCCGUAAAGAAUUUUGUCGCUUGCUUAUAUGUAUAUGUUUUUUCCUGUGUUCCAUAUUUUUCAUGAAGAUAUUUUUCUUGGAUAAAACGUCUUAAUGAACCAUUCUAAAUAUAAGCUCGGAGAAAUCAAAUUCCUAAAAAUAAUUUUUGAAAACAGAAUGGUCAAUAUGAGACUACACGAUAUAAGAUAAAUCAGGUUAACAUUCUGUUUAGAUACAGCAAUAAUAAUAUUGUAAUGUAAAAAUCACGAACAUUGUCAUAACCGUUGUUAUUCGUUCUACAUUAUUUUUUUUUCGCUACACCGCUAAUGCUUCUCUAAGAGUGUAGCUAUUACUGCAUCUGUGAUCCAGUUACUGAUCAGGUUCUCGUGGCUUUGGACCUACCUUCUGAAGACUUCUACCAUUAUUGUAGUAGAGUAUGUUCAACAACUAAGUGGUUUGUUACAACUUCAUGGACUGUUACGAUUUUAAUGUUUAACAUGAAGUUGUUACGAUCACUUAGUGAUAGUGCGAAAAUCACGUCAAAAUAAUAUUUCUUCUCUAUUAAUACCAUUAUGCCUCACUGCCUUAGGCUAAGUUGUUUGAAUUAAAACUAAAACAUUUGAAUAGUGUAGAAGCUAUAUACUGUGGAAUUCUUGAAGGUAGAUUAUAGAAUUUUAUAUUUGAAACGUAUAUAUUAACCUAAAAUAGUGAUUUAAAACGUAAUAACUUGUUUUAUUGAAAUUAAUCAGUUAUUAUUGGUACAAAUUGGAAGUUUAACAUUUAUUUAUUUUUUUCCUAUUAAAAAAUAUUAAGGAAUAAAUCUCGUUUAAACUAUAACAGAAUUGAUAAAAUUUAUCCUAGGAUAGUAGUUCAUUUCAGAUUUCUAAACCCCUACCCAUUGAUACUGGUGAAAGUGAAAUCUGACGUUAAAAUUAGUAUAUUUUAUUAUGAAAAAACUUGUGUUACUUUAUUUGUUAUAAUAAUUUACCGAAAUCAUUAAUUUAAUCGCACUAGUUUAUGAAAAAAAACUAGUUUGUUAGAAAUCCAAUACUUUACUAAUUAUAAUCUUUUUUCUUCUUAGCAUGUUACCCUGAAAGGGUAAAUCGAACCUGUUCAAUGAAACUAACUUGUACUUAUUUUUAAACUAUUGAUUCAUACUAGUUUUUUUUUUACUUUUAAUGUUUAGUGAUUUACUAGAAAAUAAACUUUUUUAUUUUACCAGGUAAGAACAAUUGAACAAACAAAAUAACUAGACUGAUAGUACUGUUGGUGUUGACCUACUAAUCUGUCAGAGUAGACAACAUAUUCUGAUUAUUAAACAUUAGGAAAAAGACAAUAUUUGAAGGGCCCAAUUUUCAUAGAUAUUAAUGCAUACAGUUUUUCCAAAAAUAUUUAUGAAAAUAAAUCAAUGAUGAAAAGUUAGCUUAGGAAAUGCUGGUGCAAUCUAAUCAGGUUUUUUGAUGUAUGUACUGUUACAAACCAUUUUCAGAGACAGAUACGAGGUGGAUUUCUGUAUGCAUUACUUUCGAUUGCUGAGUAGUUGAUAUCAAAAAACUUUUUUUUUCUCGACACGGAUGCAAAAUCAAUAAAGUAUCUGAAAAAUA